AUGAGCGCCAAGCUUAAGGGUGCCGAACUCUAUAAGAAAGGCGAUCUGGAUGGAGCGAUUGAUGCGUGGUUCCAGGGAAUCAGAGCCUUACAGUUCAUACUCAACAAAAAGGAGGAGUUCCACCGCGACGCACCGUCCAAGGAGGACAUGCAGCAAAAAUGGAGCUUCUUCGUGAACUCGUACGUUCAGCUCUCCUCCAACAUGUCGCUGGCGCUGCUGAAAAAGGGGGACUAUUCCGGGUGCAUAAAGUACUGCAACGAUGCGCUGCAGUAUGACAAGACCAACCUGAAGGCAUUCCUCAGAAUCACGCAGGCGAAUGCAGAACUUGGCCAAUUCAGCAAGGCCGUUCAACAUUGUAAUGAUGCUCUCAAGAUUCACCCGGAUAACGCAGAGCUCAAAAUGCUGAAGAAGAAGGUCCUUGCGCAGGCGGCUGCGCACGACCGGAGCCAGAAGCAUAUCAUGAAGGGUAUUUUUCAGAAGAUCGAGCAGGAUCCACGAUCAUUGUCCGGCCCUAAGGAGUCCCUGGUCUCCAAGGUGCUAUCGAAGGCAGCCGGUAUCGCAUGGAAGGUGGCGUACCCAGUGUUGAGACUGCUGGGCCGAUACGUGAAGGCGGUGUUAAUCGAUUUUGUCGUUAACCCGUUCAAGGCGGCACAAAAUCUAUGA